AGUGAUGGUGCCGAAAGUCCCCACUGCCCACGUCACCCGUGUUUCACUGCGUUACCUUCUGGAAUCGAAACCGAAACUGAUCGCUUUUUAAAGCAGAGAGCAGAGGGGAAGCAGAGCUUAGUCCUGCAGCUGUUUUCCAGUGUCAGCGAGCUGUUCAAAGUCUUGGAUCUAGAUAGCUGGAACCCCCCUUGGCCGGACAGCUCUCUGCCGAUUCGCAGUCAUCAUGAGCUCCAGCGAUUGCGAACAGGAGCGGGAGCAGCAGCGAUUGACACUGAUCGAGUGUCUGCGCAAUCGCCUGGUCGCGAUCAUCCAAGUGGAACCUGUGCUGGACUUUAUCAAGUUCAUGGACGAGGCCGACGUAGAGGAGAUCCGGACAGUGAAGACGCAAAAGGGCAAUCAGGCUGCUGCCCACCUUCUACUCACCAAAAUCAAUAGGCAGCCCCGGUCGAGGGGCUGGUUUGGAGAGUUUCUCACUGCCCUGAGGGAAGGGGGCUGUUCUCACGCCGCUGUAUAUGUCAAUCUCGAGACAGACAACGCAAUAUCCCCAACACUGGAAGCUCAGAAUGAUCUAGAGGUGAACUUCAUCAAUAUGUUGUCCCCAAGUUUGAUUGACAAGCUGAAACCAAAUGAAGUUUCUCCUCACUGUUUAGCCAAAAAUAUUUUGACCCAAGAUGACGUGGAGAAUAUAUCCAGUGAAACCAGACAAAAGGGAAAUAAAGCAGGAGCCCGGCAAUUACUGAAGAGAGUAAUGAUGAAAUCUCCUGGCUGGUUUUCCAUAUUUUUGGAUGUACUACAACAGACUGGAUAUGAGGAUCUUGCAAAAAUGUUAGCUGGCAAUGAUAAUAGCCAACCUAAAACAUUAGAUCCAGCACAAGAAAGUCAAGAUAUAGCAAGUGAACAAUUGGCAACUGAAGUGCAGAACAAUGUAGAUGAUGCCAAACCGGACAAGUUAGCUGUUGAAAAAGAUGAGCAGGCACCCCAGGAUUUGUAUAGUAGCCCUAUUACUGCAGUGGAAAAUGAUCAAAACAGCAGGCAGAUUGAUGAAAGCAGUAUCCAGUUGGACAUAUCAGCAUUGGAUCAGUCUAUAAAUUCAGCGUCUAGUCAGGAUUUGGCAGAGACAAGUACCUGCAGUUCAAAUGAUAGUCACAUGGAAAAUGGAAGCUUUGGCAUGUCUGGCAUGGACAAUGCCUGUUCAGCGUCUAGUCAGGAUUUGGCAGAGACAAGUACCUGCAGUUCAAAUGAUAGUCACAUGGAAAAUGGAAGCUUUGGCAUGUCUGGCAUGGACAAUGCCUGUUCAGAUUCCGAUGAAGAAAACAAGGAGAAAGGCAGACAAUCACCAGUUCCUGAGAUCCAGCUCCGAGACUAUCAGCAAGAGGUUGCAGCUCCAGCUUUGGAGGGUAAAAACCUCAUUAUCUGCCUGCCCACUGGAAGUGGAAAGACCAGGGUGGCUGUAUACAUUACAAGAUAUCAUCUGGACAAAAUGAAGUUACAGGGCAAAACGGGAAAAGUUAUAGUGCUUGUUAACAAGGUGCCUUUAGUUGACCAGCAUUUCCGUAAGGAGUUCAAUCCAUAUCUGAAAGAUAAGUAUAGUGUCAGCAAAAUAAGUGGUGAUACACAGCUGAAGAUUUCCUUCCCUCAAGUGGUGCGUGCGAAUGACAUUAUUAUCUGUACAGCUCAGAUCCUGGAGAAUCAGCUGGCUGAACUAAACAAUAGUGAUGCUGAUAAUCUCAAAAUAUCAGAUUUCUCACUGAUAAUAAUUGAUGAAUGCCACCACACUCAGAAAGAAGGAGUGUACAAGAGCAUAAUGACCAGGUACAUUGAGCAAAAGCUGAACAACAAAGGGGAUGCAGAAGUGGCACUACCACAGAUCCUGGGAUUGACCGCGUCACCUGGCGUGGGUGGUGCAAGGAAUAGAAAAAAUGCAGAAUCACACAUUUUACAAAUUUGUGCAAACCUUGAUGCUUACAAAAUAAUGACUGUUAAGGAGCAUCAUGCACAACUGAAAGACCAAGUGAAAGAUCCUGUCAAAAAGAUGGAGAUUGCAGAAGAAAGAACGGAGGAUCCUUUUGGAGGGCAAAUCAAAGACAUGAUGAUGAAAAUUCACGCAUACCUUGGACGAAACCCUGCAUCAGAUUUUGGCACGCAGUCUUAUGAGCAGUGGAUUGUACAGAAAGAGAAAAUAGGAGCAAAAGAAGAAAAUCGUAAACUGCGUGUCUGCGCAGAGCAUUUAAGAAAAUACAAUGAUGCCCUGAUGAUUAAUGAUACCAUAAGAAUGAUUGAUGCCUACAAUUACCUCACAGAUUUCUACAAAGAUGAGAAAAGGAAGAAGGUCCCAGAUGAUGAUGAAGAUGUACCAAAGUCAAAAUUGGAUGAUACUGAUAGAUUUCUUAUUACCCUAUUUAAUGCACAACAAAAAAAGCUUCAAAUUCUCGCUGGAAAUCCUCAGUAUGAAAAUGGAAAACUGACAAAAUUACGAACAACUAUACUUCAAGAAUUCACCAAAAAAAGAAAUUCAAGAGGUAUCAUCUUUACAAAGACACGCCAAAAUGCACAUGCUCUGCAUGAGUGGAUAGAAGAGAAUGAGAAAUUUAAGGAUGUUGGAAUUAAGGCCCAUUACUUAACUGGAGCUGGCAGCAACAGUCAGUACAAGCAUAUGACUCAGAAUGAACAAAAAGAAGUGCUCAGUAAAUUCCGUGAUGGAGAAAUAAACCUGCUAAUUGCAACGACUGUAGCAGAAGAAGGUCUGGAUAUAAAAGAAUGUAAUUUUGUAAUCCGUUAUGGUCUAGUCACUAACGAGAUUGCCAUGGUUCAAGCUCGUGGCAGGGCUCGAUCAGACGAUAGCACUUAUGCCUUAGUAGCAAACGAGGGGUCUGGAGUUCUUGAACGUGAGAAUGUGAACGUUUUCCGUGAGUCAAUGAUGUACGCAGCAAUUCAGAAAGUGCAGGAAAUGCCAGAAGAGGAAUACAACCAGCAGAUAGAUGAAAGGCAAUUGCAGAACAUAAUGGAACACAGAAUGAAGAAGAGGAAAAAUUUGACCAAAAGAAUAAAAAGUGAUCCUUCUAAAGUGACCUUUCUCUGUAACACCUGCAGCAUACUUGCCUGUUCAGGAAAAGAUAUUCAAGUAAUUGAAAACAUGCAUCAUGUCAACGUCACAGAUGAGUUCAAAGAUUUAUAUGGUGAACGAGAAAAUAAAGCCUUGCAAGAGAAAUGUCUUGAUUACCAAACAAAUCAAGAGAUCUACUGCAAGAAAUGUGGCCAGCCAUGGGGUACGAUGAUGGUCCAUCGUGGAGUGGAUUUACCAUGCUUGUCAAUCAGAAACUUUGUUGUGCUUAUCGAUGAGAAGAAUGUUAAUAGAGGCACUUAUAAAAAGUGGAGUGAAGUCCCCUUCAAACUGCCUAAGUUCAACUACAUCAAAUAUGUUGAAAGUCACAGAUAAUGUUUGUGGUGGCAGUCUCCAUGUUAAUUCAACAGCGACACCUGUAUUUUACACCUGUAUUAUGCUGAAUAUUGAUUAACAAUUGUGUAAAUUAUAAUCAGACAACAAGAAUGUGUAUUAAUACAGGUCUACUUGGUGUGAUUUAAUUUUAUUACUUGCUUAUUAUCAAAUGUUUUAAAUGACACUGUUCCUGUUGUAACUGCAUUUUGUAUGGUGAUGAGGUGAUCAGUGCUUGGGCGAUUUGUUUAAGUGCACAAAGCCUUUAAGUUUUUUUUGUAUUGGUCAUGCACAUGUGAAAACUUAAAGAUGGUGCCUUGUGUGUAGCUUACCUGGAAAUGUUGGAUGCAUCUGUGCGACUGAGCGUGGAUAUUGGUGAACAACAGUAUGUUUGUUUUUUGAUUUCCUUCAGCAUUAAAACCUGAGAUGAUUAAAGAUUAAAAAAAAUUAUGAUCCUAUCUUGUACUAGAAAAGCUAACCAUGCCCAGAAAUAUGGCCCAUUAUGGGGCACGCAAAGGGCAUGCUGGACUUUGAGGGGGCAGGGAUCAGAGGCCAAGGUUAGUUGAUCAUGGGGCUAUGGUGGGUUGCAGACCUUCCAGUCUGGGCUGGAAGAAGAUAAAGAUCACAACAUCACAAAUAAACGGGUCAGAAGUGGCAUUAUUUUGUUUCUUAAUGUGGGGUCUGGAGAAGCACUCCUCUCAGCUCUACAUUCAGGUAAGUUACUUACCUUCUUUGUUGCAAGGAAUCCUAGGGUUCAUAAGUGAUGGCAUUUGCUUCCUCAGGGCAAACCAUUCUUGGAGAGGGGACCUCACACAGAUGUUAUCCCCUUAUUUGCAUAUACAGUGAUCCUAAAACCUGCUUCAACUGUGAGUAAAUGAAACCUAUUGUUCUUAGUCAUUAUAGCGGCUGGCAUACUUACAGACAGAAAUUGUCAAGCACUUCUUGCCAAUAUAUUGGGCAUCUUAGGAUUCUUGAGUAGUGGCUAAGAAACAAUCACUGCAUGUAGCAUUUUGAGGUCUUGAUAGCUGCAACAGAUCUGCACUCAAACUUCUGCCUCGCUACACUGAAAUAUAACUAUUUUCCUCUAGAGCAAAAUGUGUUCAUUCCCUCGAGUUGGAUUUCUGAUUACUAAGUUUCUAGUGAUGAUCAGCAGUGCUUUCAACUUAUUGCUUUUUCAGAGGUUUUAAGGAUCUUUUAUGGGAAUGAAAAAUGUAAUACUUUAUGCUCAAUUAAACUAUCUUCUUAACA